CACGAGUAUCACGCCAGCUAUAUAUUUGUGAAAUACAAGGAAGCGCAGGAGAUGGUUGGAUGUAGGACUCAGUUAAGCAGUAAUACCUAGAGGUGAGAGUACCAAAGCCGAGUGUAUGCUCAGGUACAGGGAGAAUGAGUGGAUUCUUUAAUUUAGACUGAAAUUGAACCCAGGUUAUAUACUCAGUUAGGAACGCGUGUGAUCUAAUCAAUUCGCAACUUUCAGGUUGAAUUCAAUAACGGGCACUAUGUUCCACGUCAGGAGUUCGAUAGCAAUUGGGUGGCCAACACCUGUGGUUAGCGAGAGGUAUAUAAUAUCGCAAAUUCACACCCUCGUACACAACUGCCGCACAACAGCAAGAUGUAGUAACAGUGGAACUCACCCCCGACAGGCUGUGUCCGUGCAAGUCAAAGCAUUUGUGCACACACACAUCCAAGACAGAAAUGCUUUACAUAGUAGAACAACAAUGGCACACACACGCACAUUUCAGACGAGUCAGAACACACCAAACAAGAUCACGGAUAAGCUCGGUGAAGCCGGCCGUAAGCUGAUUGGAAUAUUAUUCCCACCUCCGCCAAAGUCUGUGCCCAGUCGAAUGCUGCGACGUAGUGCGGAACGUUUGGCAGCCAGAGACAAAGCACCAAGGACAGACAAGGCGUUCACGGACUACCAAAAGCUGAAACAAAGUGACACACAAGCACAGACACAGACGCAGUCACAAUCACAGACACACUAUAGCAAACCAAUCAUAGCUUAUUCGAAAGAGAUGCAAACGUAUGAGAGUGGUAUUGUGAACAGGGCUGAGGGCCGAGUCAGGAGGACGGGGAGAUAUGUGUCCGGAACACCUUUGGUGAGAUUUGCAGCGAGCUUUGAUGAUGUAAGAAGGAACUAUCUGGAAGAGCAGUUAUUGGCUGCGUCAAGUAGUAGGGUGUGUCUGGACCAUUUUGUGGACAAUUGGAACGAGUACUAUGGAGAUAAUUUAGCCACUGUAUUAGAUAAGUGCGCGCAGGAUUACUUAGACGCCGAGAACGCCCCGGCUACCCCAAUGAUAGACAGACCCCAUGUAGUCACCGGUAGUGCUGCUGAGAAUGCAGCUGCCGCAACGAACGACCUUCAGAUCCGUCCCAAAGCACCUACAGCCCAGGAGUUGGCAUUAGAAGCGCUACAGAAACACAGCGCCUGGCCGAUACUGCUGAAGCGUGUGUCGCAGAAGGUCGACGACUGUAGUGUCACCUCGUUUCAAGUGAUUAUCCAGUCACUGUGUGCGCUUGACACGGAUCCGGGUGAGGCUGUACAGACCGCUAUAAUGCGGCGUAUAGAUACGGGUUCAACGCCCACCGAGCUGUCGAAUGUGCUGUACCAGAUACUGGCGAGGGGGUCAGGGGAUCUAGGACUCGUCGAGGAAUUUGCUUCGUACCUGAAGCAAUCGCCGCGAAUGGUCCAGGAUAUGUCUUCUGUAGAUGUGGAUAUACUAUGCCACUGUGUGUGGAUGCUGCAAACCCAAGACGUCCCGGCAGAAAGCUUUUACAACGCAUUCUUCAUGCACAUGGAUCAUAUGAUUGCGCUCCGCAAGUCCUUAGACCACUUGACGACAGACUCCAUCUGGCAGCUUGCUGCGACAAUCAAUGGCAGGAGCAGAAAACGCCGCACUAAAAACGACGUUUGGUUUAUAAACUACAUCGCUCGCGCGAGCCGCGAGCGUCUCCACGAACUAUCCGGCUCGGGCAUUAUAGCCCUAGCAGAGCUGGUUUACAAUCAAGGACGUAUAGACUUUGCUCGCACAGGCCAAGCAAAGGACACAACCAAGAGUGUUAAAGCUAGGCGGUUGGGCUUCAAAGCACUCAGUACCAAUUGCAGCGCUUUUGUUGUUGAUGCUAUCCAUGAAUGCGCCACCAGAGGGGCACAGGCUAUAUCGGUUGUUGAUCUGAAGACGACCCUCUCCGUGCUACGCUUGGCGCCCUAUUGUGUGGCUAACAUCAAGAACGAAUCCCUUGCACUGCUCAGUACGGCCUCGCAAAAAGAUUUGACUCUGUGCUCGGCUAAGGAGAUAGUUGAUGUAGUCAAUGGGUAUGUGGGGAUAGAACAGGCAUUUAACCAAAGCGCAUCCUGUCUCCAAUUGUACCAAAAAGUGGGCCAAGAGGUUAUGGACCGUAUAAAUGGGAGGACAGCUGGUGAGAACACCUUCGGCACAGCCGGUCAGAGUGUGAAUGAUAUAGCGAUCCGAGAUGCAAACGCAUCUAUCUUAAGUGAUAUAUCAAUGCUCGUGGGUGUCUUGCAUGCGUAUGCACGCGCCGGCUAUGUCUUGUCCCCGUUGUUCGCCCAGUCUAUCCCGAUCAUCAACAGUUCUUUGGAUGUGAUUAAACCCAUCGAGGCUAUGCAUGCGUUAUAUGCAUUCGCGUCUGCAAGGUCGCUCACCCCCGAGUUGGCAACAGCCUUAUUGAGGAAGGCCCCGAUUGACAGCCUCAGUCCAACACCCUCUACUGCCCACUCACACUCGCACAAAACCACAAAACCACCUGCUCAGAAUGCAGUUGAUAUGCGCUCGACCAAUCAAAGUGCACGAAAAAUCAAUAUUCCAAUGUACGAGGCCUUGUCUGAUGCAGCGUGGGGUGUAUCAGUAACAAGUAAAUGCCGAGAACAACCUGUGUUGGAGGAGUGGGUCACGCGUUGCCUAGCAAUCCUUGCCGAUGGUGAUGUUAGCGUGCAAAGGAAGAGGGUUCAAGCACCCGCGUACCGAAGAGUGCUUCAGACCUACAUGGCCCUAGAUCCAUCGAAUACUGGUGGGAAUAACCAGGUAGGAAUUUUUACAGGAGAAGGUACUCAAUCGCAAAGACGGCUGAGGGAGUAUGCAGAGCAACGGACUCUCGAGUACGAAAGUAACCAGGUUUCGGAUAAGCAGACUGUGGUGGGAGAUCUGUCCGAAGCACUGGAAAGUUUAGGUGUGACACACAAGGUGGGUAAGUUAUACCAGCAUAGUCUACGCGGAGACAACAAAGGAGUGGGGAUGGAGAAUUCUAUUGAUAGUACAGGCGCUGCGAGCAAAAAAGGAUCGGAAGAGGCGACAGCCACUAAAUCCGAUAUCAGCAAAUGCGACGCGGGUCUCCUGAUAGACUGUAUAAUACCCGGAAAACAGAUAGCAUUCCAAGUGAUCACAGACUGUGAGUGUGUGCUCGCAGAGACAGGUCGUGGAAAUGAGGGCAUCGAUACCCGAGGACUUGACGAAAACGGUAUACGUAUUCUGAGGUUAGAGACCGAGAUGUCUCUGCAGGUGAUUGAAAAGAGUGGUUGGACAGUGAUGCCUUUGUUCACUUCGGAUUGGCGUGGCCUGCGGUCGAAGAAGGAAAAAGCUGUACUGGUGGCGCAUCUGCUGGGAAAAGAUAGGGGCGGCUCUACUGGACUUGCAUGAUUAGAUUAUAGCUUCGUCCCGUCUACAGUGUAGCCGGCGUAUGGCUUCCGCGUGAUUGUGAUGUCGUGGUUUCUGAUCGCGGCAUAGCAAUAUGAGAAGAAGCAGCAGAUCUUGUGUACACACGCUAUUGCGCUAGUAUCCUGCUACGCGGGAAUAAUCAAAGUAGUGUUUUUUCGUGUGCAAGAAUGGUGCUUAUCAAGAAGUGCAUGUACCCAACGGCAAGGAAGACAAUCUGCACGCUUACUCGAGUGGCGUAUAUGUAUGCAGCAGUCCUCUGCUUUGGAAGAUGGUGCGGUAUCCUUUUGCGACAACCUGACAAUAGUUACGUUGCUGGCAUAUAUCACUUUCAAUCUUUAAGCAUGUUUACACUUCUCACACUUCUCUUGGGCAACGUGUGACACCCCCUUACGUACUGAGAAGUCUUUUGCCAUUGAGCAAAGGUGUGUAAAUUUGCAAAUAUGGUAUAGUUGGAAACCUAGUUCGACGAAUCAUGAAGUACAGUCGUUACUACGUUCACAGGAGGCCAUUAAAGCACAAUUGUAGCAAGGUGUCAGCUUGUGUUGAUGUGUGGACGUAUCG